AUGGCGGCGAGCCCAAACUUACCAGAACUUGGUGGAUAUGACUACGAGUUCACGGGUAAAGUUCCUGUUAACUGUGAAUGUCUUGUGUGCCAUCUACCAAUGAAGGAUCCGGUUCAGAUUGUAGGAUGUGGACACAGACUCUGCAACAUCUGUAUGGAAUCACUCUUGCGGUAAUGCCGAAUGUAAUUUUGCAUGUAGUUAUUGCACCGGCAUUUUACGCUGUACAACAACUAUAUCUAGAACACAAAAUACAAUUGAUCCAUAUCCUAAAUUUAGCAUCUUCAGCUCGUCCUAAUAAUCAACGCAUUCUUGCGAGAGUUAUAAGGAUUCGGAGGUCAAGAUUAAUUUUUUAAUUUUCAUUUCCCGGAAAGAACAAUGUUCUGAAUUAGAAUACUUCAUUUUCCCACUCAAUUUCCAUUACUGUACUAAUUCAAUUCUGCUCAUGCCACCAUGACUAUGGUUUCCUUUUACAAUUGUGAAUUGCAUUCUAAAAAAAAACAUUUCAUUUCUCUAUCUAUUCACUGACUGUCUACAGACGCCCUUCGCCAUUGUGUCCAGCAGAUAGGGAACCAUUGUCACGUGAGAAGGUAAGAGUUUCUAUGUUAACAGGUCACGCAACCGCGUGUAAUAUGUGAGGAGAAAGUCAGGUAGCCUGAAGAAAAUCCCGUUUGGAAUGUUUGGUCCAAAGAAACUCUCCGUAUUGUUCACUCACAUCUAAGUUUCGUUAACGUAUUUGAUAUUAAUAGUUUAAGUAUUUCGAAAUAUAUCGGCCAUUUUUAAGACUGAUAUUUUGUGCGUACCGGCAUGUGCAGUCGUAUGAUGCUUUUAGAUUGCCACUAUCAUCUGCAAUUUCACGUGACGUCGUAAAAAUUCAAAAUCCAAAAUAAUAAGGGCUAUAACAAUUUUUCCGAAAGACAAACCUAAAAAUUAAUCUUCUGAAGAAGUUUCAGCGUCGCGGGUUUCUGUGUUAUGAAAAUAUAGCGAUAUCUAAUUUCGUGAUUUUUUGUCGCUCGACAUUGAAUCAGCGGCCCGGAAAGCUGAUACGUACAUAAAAUAUAAUUUUAUCUUGUGAAUUUUUGUUCCAUGAGCGUAAGAAACAUCAGAAAAUGUUCUAAAUAAAUUUUCGCAAGUCCAGAGUGCAUAACGGAGUUUUCAGAUGAAACAUAGGCCAAAGGAGGAACCCAUAUGCGGCUAACUUAAAGUCCCAGCCGCUCUUACAUUGCUUUAUUACACUUGGACUUGGAUUACACGGAUAUGAAUUUGAAAUAAUUCUUAUUCUGGCAGAUAUUUCCAGAUUCUGCCCAUCGUCGCGAGAUACUGGAUCUGACCGUGAAGUGUCCUCAUUUUGGAUGUUCAUGGACUGGAGAACUGCGUGCUGUUGAGGUAUAACUGAGGUGUCUGAUAUGAAAAAAAGAUUAAUUAUCUAUGACCUUUUCCUAAACAAAAAUCAGUGUACUUAUCCUACUCGAACAUUUCAGUCUAUUGAAAUAAAAUCGAACCGGCGGACUUCUGUUGAAACGUACUUUAAAAUUUGCCAUUUUAGCUUACCUUAUUUGAGGAAAUUUACGUUCGUGCCACCCGUAAGUAAGGUUUUUUACUUGAUCCGAAAGCGUGUCACAUUUACGCAAAAUGGAAGGAAAAAUUACUUCCGAACGAAGGAAAUUGAAGCGGAAAAGGUGUUGACGAGGAACGUUAACGUGACAUGUGCAAUAAAUAUAAAAACCCUGUCUUUUACAUUUGUAGAAACACCAGUCAGAAUGCCUGUUGAAAGAAGUGCAAUGUUCAAACUCAGGAUGUACAGAGAGGCUUACCAAGAAAGACAUGACAGUUCACGAAUCAUUUGAAUGUUCUUGGAGGAAAAUCAGUUGUGAACAUUGUCAAGAAUCAUUCGUCUUUCAUGAAAAGCGGGUAUGUAGACAUCCAUAUAAAGAAAUGAACUUUCAAUAAAAUUUACUUAGAUCCACUUAUAUUGCCAAGUUGUCAGCACGGCAAAGGGUACUUUCCAUAUGCCAGUGUCUCUCCCAAAGCUGCAAUUCUUUUCCAGUGUAGAGUCAGCCUUUAAUUUAUAUAAUUGACAUAUUUACACAUUGCACUGUCUUCUUCUAUGAGAACGUCUAAGAAAAAAAUGUUCCAGCUGCACUUUUACUCUAGGUUGUGAGGUCCCCUUUCUCUUGCAGCCAUUCUUUGGGAUGUCAGGUAACUGUUCCCCUUAAACUUUUGAGGAGCGCGAUGCGUGACAAUAUGGCUACGAAGGUUCCCUGCGUUCAAAAGUUUAUUGUCAUAUAAGCUACCGUGUUACACAAGGAUUUCAGCCCUGAGAAAAACCGUAACAACACACGUGAAAAAUACGAUAUAUUUUUUACGUAUGUUUGAUUUCGCCAAUCAGCUACUGACACGUCGCUAACCUUUCGCGCCACUCGGUCAGGUUGAUGAAUGAACGGCAAAGCCUUUACCAUUCUCAAUCCAAGGUCGUUUAACGGAAUUAUUGCGCGUUAUGGCUGUUAAAAAACUAAAAAAAUCCAUAUCGCUUACAGACGAUGACGUUCAAACUUUCCUAGAAGGGGAAAAAAAAACAAAAUACGAAUAGAAAAACAGAAAGUUACGUAUUCAGUGGUUUUGGUACUGGCAUUUCUCGGGAAUGAAAAUCGACAACUGGAAGAUUUGUCACAGGCCGAUUUUGGCCGUGUACCUGAACAAAAUGAAGUGCACCAGCUCACUUUACGUUUUUUAUUCGGGGAUUGUCGAUCCUUUUAUUUUCAUUCAUUAAUAAAGUCUUGUUAGCAAAGGAUUAUAUGUGUUUAUGAGAUAAUCAAAAUAACACAUGGUUGCUUGUGCAUAUGAAAUUUAUUUUCUCGUGUUCAACUCGACAUCCCACUCGUACGCUGCGCUCUUUCGUGAGUUACCGAGUUGAACACUCGAAGAGGAAUUCCUAUCUUCGCGCGCCCAUGUAUUAUUCUCUAUUUAAUAUAUUAAUACUUUUGGGCAUUAAGACUGCUGAUUAAAAGGUGUGAUUAGCUAUUUAUUGAAGCUAAAUGAAGUACUCUAUGAGCGCUAAAAACAAUUCUGAUUAAAUCAAUGGCUUUGUGACAUUGAUUACAUUGCAAAUUCUCAAGACCAAAUGAUCAUUUUUCUACACCUUUUGCAUCUCAAGAAAUUCAAGUGUGCAAGGAACCCUUUAGACAACGAAAAUGCCGAAAGAUCACCAUCAUUUUCCAGAGAAAGAGAACUUAUUUAUUUGAUAUUUUUGUUAAGUUGAUUUGGUCGUUCUCCGCUAAAGAUUUCGCGGAAGUUUUCAUCAAACUUAAUAUAUUUCAAGAGAGAGUCGCGAGAAGGCUUGACAACCUCUUGCACUUUUUUUAUCCUAAUGAUUAAAAAUGACUUAACUGUCCCUUUGUCAUCAAUUGUUGUUGAGGACCAAUUUCACCAGAAAGUCAAGCAGUUUGCUGCUUGUUCGCGGUACAGGUGUUAGGCCGCAUUAUAGUUAAACAUUUUCUCCUUUGUCCUCCAGAAACAUUUAGAAGAUUGCCAAAAGUUUCCUGUCCAGUGCACCAACAAGUGCGGCCUUAGAGCGAUUCCACGAGAAAAGGUUUGUUUGCACCGAUUGUAAGCAGGCAUAAGAGCUCGUAUCAGAAACAGCAUGCUUACCUUGAAUGUGCCUCAGUUGGUGUUUAAGAGGAGAAGUCCAAAUAUUUCGACAAUCGUCCAAUGAAACAUGUAGAGGCCAUCAGAAGGUUUAGGCUGAAAUUAACGAUAAAGGGCUGUGGAAUAUUAGGUUCAGCUAUGACGAUUAAGGUUUAUCCAGAGAUAUUUUUAACAUGUUUACAUGCGAGUCAUAUCGUUGCAGAUCAUAGAUCGUUCUGGUGUUCCUAGAACUGGAGUCUUAAGAGCGUGUCCACGAGAGCACCAGGCAGUCGUGCUUUAUGCCAUCUCACCGAUUUAAAUGAAACUUUGCCAGUAUAAAGGGUCUACCCAAAAACUAAAAAAGACAAAUUGGUUUCUGUUUUGGUUUUUUUUCCGGGGGGAGAUAGACCACCCCCCAGUUUUUCUUGGUUUUCACCAAGGAAAGCGCUUCAAAAUAGAUAAAAUGUAUGAAGCUCUCACUGCGAUGGUAUUUAGCCAAUUACUCUUAGAGUUUGCACACAUAGUUUUACAUCCUUAAUUAAUGUUCGCCGCAAGUAUCAGUCAAUUUUAUGGACGGCUUGUCAAUCACAGAGGCAAAUAAAUGACUGUGUUUUUAGACUAUUCGGUUCAUCCAAAUAUUUGACAACUUUGAGGUCAAAUAUCUCCCCUUGCCAGAGAGUUGCAACACUAAUCUUGAUUCCCCUUCAUAAUCCAUCAUUUCAUCUCUGAAAAUAAUCAAAAAUAUCUUUGGGAACUACUAUAUUUUUGUCUUGGAUGCCUUUUAAAAUCUGCAACUGUGAUAAGUUUCUCUCAACUACACCUGUCACGCAAUUCUGGCUCUAGGCGGUCACUUAACCAACUAACCAACUUUUUUUAGCACUUUAUACAAGAUGACUGAUGAAGAAAGAUAAAAGAUGUGAAAAACUUUCGAGAUUUUUUGUAGGAAUGGAAAAUUUCACUUUUAGAGAAAUGCAUGUAGGCGAAAAAUCGGUGGGAAAAUCUUAGCGUUUCUUUCUUCUGUCGUUUAUUACUUUGAAGAUUUGCUAAAAUCAGGAAAAUGUCGACGAACAAUCAAUAAUUUUUGUUGUUGCUUUUUUUUUAUAGCUUGAGGUUCACAUUCGCGAUGAAUGUCUUGAAACUGAAGUUCACUGUGAAUACAGAAACUUUGGAUGCGAUGCUAUGGUAUGGAAUUGCCUAAACAUUAUUUAUCUUUUAUAAGAUGUUCAGAGAAAUUCGCGCGCCAUGAUUGGUCAGAACGAGUUUAUUGUAUUUCCAUAAAGCACGCGCCUUACGUCACACGAGUGCUCUGUUGUAGAAAUGUAAAAUGGUUUCCAUGUUUACAUAGCCUGAUGUAAACACGCGGGAUAAGCGUAGGAAACCACGACGCGAAGCGGAGUGGUUUCCAGCUUAUCGAGUGUUCUACCAACCUCCGAAGUGUUUACAUCAGGCUAUGUAAACACGGAAACCAUUUUACAUUUCUUUUAUAAAAUAACUAAUGAAAGAGGAACGAAAACCGUGUUUACAUGCUCAUGUAAAAUGGUUUUAUGGCCAAUCAGAGCGCGCGUACUAUUUGAAUUAUUUUAUAAUGAGAUAUAGUGCACGCAGCUUACGUCAUCGGUACGAGCACACGCAAUUCACGAUCCUUUUUAAAGAGGAAUUAAAAAAAACUUGUUCUUCGAGCAUUGUGGAGUUAUAUAAGCCCUUGGGAAUUUUUAAGAACACUCGAGAAGAGCAAGAAGCAUUCGCCCUCGGCUCGUGCUUCUCCGCACUUCUCUCGUGUCCUUAAAAAUUUCCGCGUGCUAAAAAAAAAACAAUGCACUCGGCGCGUUUUUCAUUUCUUUAAUAGUGUAAACCAUACUAUACCAUGCGUAGUAUAUUUAUGGGGCGAGGAAAAAUACGAGCAAUAAGCCUGUGACAAGAAAGGUUAUCCUGCAAAAGCCUACAAGACGUAAAAUCAGAUACCGUUGUCGAUCAAAGGUAUUACAGGUUAUGGUUGCUCACCUAAGUUCAAAAACAAUUAAUUUACAUUGCAAAACGGUAAAUGGUUUGAACCCGGAGGUAACAUGUAUAAAAUAUUAAACUUCAAGAGGACAAAUCAUCUCUUCUGAUAGUGUAGUCUGAUCGUGCGGGUGAGUGUAGUCCUGAGAGAGACUGUUUAUGGUAGUAAUGACUGAGAUUUAGGUAGCCUGAGCGGAAGUCAUCAUCAGAGUGAAGUGAAUAGAUGCUCUCAAUCGAACGUACUGAGCCUGCGUCGUGUAAACUGAUUGGUCAGUUAAGCCGUGAUGUUAUUGUCUCUUAGACAUAAGUGGCCGACGUCGUUCAUAAUCAGUUAGUUUCGAUCUGUCAAUAGAGUUAGGUCGUUCAGUUCGGUUCGUUUGUAAUGUUAACGUAGCGAAUAAGUCAUUUGUAUGGUACCGGUAGUAGUUGACACCUGUUGAAGGGAGCUGUCCUAAGUUAGUAAACCAGCUUUCCAGAGUCAGUCAUUGCCGUAGGUAAGGCAUUGGGCAAAUGAUUAGAUUUAGACGCCUAUUACUAAUGCACCUCAGUGAACAACUUUGAGAGUUACAUCGAUUUAAAAAACAGCUUGAAUCCCCUUGAUCUUUCUAGUUUCCUCGAUCAAACACCAGUUUGCAUUCAAUGUCCCACGUUGAACGUCACUUAAGUCUAGCCCUCCAUUGCUUCGACACCAAUCGGUUGCAGGUUAAUAAUCUGGUCAGCCUUGUCAAGGAACAGUCACAGCAAAUAGAACAAUUGGUGGCCCAAGUUAAGGAACAGUCACAGGAAAGAGAACGAUUGGUGGCACAAGUUACAGAAGAGUCACAGCAAAGAGAACGAUUGGAGGCCCAAGUUAAGGAACUUUCACAGCAAACAGAACAAUUGGUACCCCAAGUUAAGAAAGAGUCACAACAAUCAGAACCAUUGGCUGCCAGAGCGAGGAGACGUCGCAGAAGACCGAACACUUCGUGCUCCCAAGUUAAGGAAGAGUCACAACAAUCAGAACCAUUGGCUUUUUCCUUCCUUCACCAAAGACCGUAUUCAAAUUUAUUUCGUUAAGUAGUAAUUUUGGAGAAUUGCUAUUUUACGAAAUGAAUAUUUUUUCUCCAUGAAGAAAAAUUUUGCCAUUCUAUUGUUAACAGAGCAUUUAAAUAUCACCAAAGAUUUUGGCCUCCUCUUACUUCUUAAACCGUAUUAAAGUAUACUUCGCAAAAGAGUAAUUUAAGAAGACUUACUAUUUUGCGAGAUGGACUAUUUUCACCUUGCGGUGAAAACAAAGAGUGAUCUUAACAGAGCGCGAUUUACGUAGGUAAAGAGGGUAGAACAAAGCAUUAUGUUCACGUUCAAAUUAAGAUAUUUACUAAAAAGGAAACUACAUGCCUUCCCUCGCAUAUCUAAUCACGUAAAAAUUAGUCACCAAUAUGUAUAUAAGCA